CGGAGUACAGACCUCAACAAUACACAGACCGGCUCUAGCGAAGAACGCAAUUGUUACCAGAGUUAGUGGAGUGAGUUAGCAAACAAUUUUUUUUUUGAUUCAUUCAAAAAAUAUCUGCAUACUGUGAAUGUGUUUAGACUGUGUGCUCUCUUGGUGACAGUACACUUAAUCGGGGCAGGUAGACCAGACGCAAAGAGAGUUGAACACCGUGGGAAUUUAUACAUAAAUCCAUUAUUUGUUCAUAUAUUGUGUGACUUAUUUAUAUAGUGUGUGAUUUUUCUAAACCGGGUAAACUCACCCGGCUUUUUUUUUACAAUUUGGAUGUGUUUUCCUCGAAAAUGACGCCAAUAAAAGUGAUAGUAUUUCUCUUUACAUUAUUAUCGAUUAUCUUAACGAUUCAUUGUGAAGAAGAUGAUCUUUUAGACGAAUACGUUAAAUAUGUAGAAAGUAAUCAUCAACAACCAAAACCGGUCCCAAAACGGUUCCAAACUGUUAAAAAAAUUCAAAAUCGCCGUUUUAAACGUGAUUUAGAUAUCGAAUCUAAUGAUGUUUUACCACCGGUACAAAAUCAAAGUGAUUAUGAAUCACAGUGGACGCAUCAAGAAUAUUUGGAUACGAAGCGAAAAUUUUUAGUGAAAUGGUUUCGUAAAGAAAAUGAAAUAAUUUUUCGUAUUGAAGCGGAAACUCGUGGAUAUAUUGGUUUUGGGUUUAGUCCGAAUGGGAAUAUGAAAAAUGCUGAUAUGAUUCUAGCAUGGUUUGAUAGUGAAAUGAAUCAACCUGUAAUUUGGGACUGUCAUGGUUCUCCAGAUUCGAAUACCGCACCAAUUCGUGAUGAAAUUGAAAAUUAUAAUCUAUUACGUGGUGAACAAAUUGAUUCUAAAACGAUUAUUGAAUUUAGUCGUUUAUUGGAUACUUGCGAUGAAUUCGAUUAUGUUUUAAAUACGGAUACAGUUCGUUUGAUAUGGGCAAUGCACGAUACCGACCCACAAUUGGGUGUACCAUUGAUGUAUCAUGGACCAUACGCGCGUGGAACCCGCAGUGUUCAUCUAUUAACACCAAAAUCAAUUAAGCCACCAUCCUCACACGAUUUACAUGUUCGUAAAUGGGAAGUUACUUUGAAUAAUUUUAUUGUACCUGGUGAUAUGGACACACUGUACUGGUGUAAAAUCUUCAAAACACCAACAUUACAAGAAAUGCACCAUAUUAUUGGCUACGAACCAAUUAUUGGAACUAAUCACACUGAGCAUGCGCAUCAUAUGGUCUUUUACGAGUGUGAACUUGGACGUAUACCAAAUUUAAGAGAAUGGGAAAUGUAUACACGAAGUUCAGGAGCUGCCUGUUAUGGGCCAUUUAUGCCAAGAGCGUGGGAAGUUUGUAUAACACCUGUCGUAGCAUGGGCUGUCGGUAGUAAAGGAGAAUUUUUACCUGAACAUGUUGGUUUACCAUUGGCGGAGAAACCAAACACGUUUUACAUGUUGGAAAUUCAUUUUGAUAACCCAAAUAUGAAACGAUCCGUUGGAACCACUGGUUUAAAAGUACAUUAUACACGGCGAUUACGGCGACAUAACGCUGGAAUUAUGGUAUCAGGUGUUGCCGUGUCUCCAAUUCAUGUAAUUCCACCCAAACAACCAGAGUACAAAACUGCUGGAUUAUGCAGUGGCGAUUGUACUAAUGCCGUUUUCCCAGAACGUGGAAUUAACAUUGUUUCAGUGGUUUUACAUUCCCAUCUAGCUGGAAAACGUUUAAGCUUACGCCAUAUUCGAAAUGGAGAAGAACUUCCAAAAAUUGUUGAGGAUAACAACUAUGAUUUUGACUUCCAACAAAGUCGGAUGUUGAAAAAAGAACGCGUUGUAUUCCCAGGAGAUACUUUAAUCACGGAAUGUGUCUACCAAACCAAAAAGCGUACUCGACCCACAGUUGGAGGAUAUUCAACUAAACAAGAAAUGUGUUUAGCUUUCGUUUUACAUUAUCCACGAACUCAACUCGCCGGUUGUUACUCUAUGGCACCCAUAAAACAAUUCUUCGACAUUUUUGGCGUACAAGAAUUCUACAGCAAUGAUAUGAAACGUGUUGAAGAAAUUUUCCUUGGUACUGGGGCAGAUACAGUCGUAGCUACACAAAAACCACAACAUCAAUAUCACCAACAACCGUUCACACUGCCUGGUUCGUUGCCACCCGGUGAUGAAAUGUCUUAUGAAGCUAAUCAAAGGCAAAUUCAAGCAUUACAACAAGCUAAAUGGUACACUAUUGAUGGAGAUACAAGUGCUCUCGAUGGCCCCUUCGGACAGUUGGUAAUUAAGGAACCCGAAGAAUUUCAAAAUAAAACAUUCAUGUCUCAUUUGAGUGAAAUUCCAUGGGAUGAACCAUUAUUGACGAAACGUAUUGAAGAAUCAUUCUAUAAAGGGCAGCAUUUAACAUUUUGUCGAAAAAGGGAUUAUACUCUUGCAUUGCCUGAAACAGUUUUAAAUUUUCCAAAAUUCAUCACAUAUGAAGAUAAUUCAACAAAAACAAAAUGUCCAUCAGCCUUUUUAUAUCAUAACGACGCAUCAACCACAAUAAAUACUUCAUUUAUUCCUAAA